GAUGCAGUUGAAAUUUAUUUAUGUCUAUUUAUUUUUGGAUUAUGCUCGCUCUAUACGAUGGCGUAGGUUUGAAACACUUCUCCUCCGAAUCUUUCGACGAGGGUUCGGCGUGCAGGCAGGCUUUGGGCAUGUCGCCGCGUCAGACUGCUCUAUGUCUAGCUGCCCUGGACACAAUGCCCCAUGUCGCCAGAGCAGCUCAGUUGACACUGGAAGCCUGCUCCACACUUUUGGAGGACAGGAGAUGGAAUUGCUCCAGUGCUUUUAACGCUCCUGUUUUAGGACCUGAUCUUGCCAGAGGUACAAGGGAGCAGGCAUUCAUGUACGCCCUAGGUUCAGCAGCAGUUACAUUAGCCAUAGCUCGUGCCUGCGCCGCAGGAGAGCUUUUCCACUGCUCCUGUGCACCACCUCCAGGUGAACCACCAGGUGGUAAUUUUAAAUGGGGCGGUUGUUCUGACAAUGUUCGUUGGGGAUCUUUGUUUGCCAAAAGAUUUUUAGAUGCCACGGAAAGAACUCAUGUUACUGCAAGUGUUCUUCAUGAAAGAAGAAGACGUCGGAGGAGGAGGCAGAGGAAGUUGAAAGAUGGUAAAUCUACGCCGUUUAAAGACAAAUUUGGCAAAAUGACUGAUGAAGAAACUGCUGCUCAAAAUAAAUUGUUCGACCAAGCAACUAAAAAUGCUAGUAAUAAAACGAUCGCCAAAAAACGAAAAUUACAAGCAGAUCCCGACAUGAUCAAAUUUCACACAAGGCUAGCCGCAAUGAAUCUUCAUAACAACAGGAUAGGCCGAAAAGUUGUUCAGCAAUCCCAAGCAAUUACUUGUAAAUGCCAUGGAGUAUCUGGUUCUUGUAGUGUGAAAACAUGUUGGAAAGCUCUGGAAGCUUUAACAGUCACCGGUCAAAAGCUCUUGAGGAAAAUGGAUCAGGCUGUGGAAGUUGCUCCACGUCGAUUGGGCACAACUACUCAGUUAUCUGGUGUGGCACCUGUAGUCACAGCACCGAUGUCCAAUCAACUUAUUUUUUUGACAAAAAGUCCUGAUUAUUGUGAAGAAGAUUUAUCUGCAGGAAGUUUUGGUACCAAAGGAAGGACCUGUUCGGUGGGUGUUACAGGACUUAGUGUUGGCAGCUGCCACCAUUUGUGUUGUGGUCGUGGCUACAAUACGGUUGUUGAAGAGAAAAUAGAAAGAUGUCACUGUGUUUAUCAUUGGUGCUGCUACGUUAAAUGUAAAACUUGUAUAACUACCACCCAACGUCAAGAAUGUAAUUAAAUAAUAAAA